CCCUGUGACGUCACGGUGACGCCGGGGGCGCGCGGGCGGCAGGGCAGCGUAGGUCACCGCCCCCAGAGUCUGGCUUUCCGCGGCUGGCCGCCUCGCGCGUCUUCCCCGCCCGCGUCUCCUCGCUGUCGCCGCCGCUACCACACCAUGGCCUUCGUCACCAGGCAGUUCAUGCGUUCCGUGUCCUCCUCGUCCACCGCCUCGGCCUCGGCCAAGAAGAUAAUCGUCAAGCACGUGACGGUCAUCGGCGGCGGGCUGAUGGGCGCCGGCAUUGCCCAGGUUGCUGCAGCAACUGGUCACACAGUAGUGUUGGUAGACCAGACAGAGGACAUCCUGGCAAAAUCCAAAAAGGGAAUUGAGGAAAGCCUUAGGAAAGUGGCAAAGAAGAAGUUUGCAGAAAACCCUAAGGCUGGCGAUGAAUUUGUGGAGAAGACCCUGAGCAGCAUAGCGACCAGCACGGAUGCAGCCUCCGUUGUCCACAGCACAGACUUGGUGGUGGAAGCCAUUGUGGAGAAUCUGAAGGUGAAAAACGAGCUCUUCAAAAGGCUGGACAAGUUUGCUGCUGAACAUACAAUCUUUGCCAGCAACACUUCCUCCUUGCAGAUUACAAGCAUAGCCAAUGCCACCACCAGACAAGACCGAUUUGCUGGCCUCCAUUUCUUCAACCCAGUGCCCGUCAUGAAACUUGUGGAGGUCAUUAAAACACCAAUGACCAGCCAGAAGACAUUUGAAUCUUUGAUAGACUUUAGCAAAGCCCUAGGAAAGCAUCCUGUUUCUUGCAAGGACACUCCUGGGUUUAUUGUUAACCGCCUCCUGGUUCCAUACCUCAUGGAAGCAAUCAGGCUGUAUGAACGAGUGCACCAAGUAUCAGAUGGUGAUGCAUCCAAAGAAGACAUUGACACUGCUAUGAAAUUAGGAGCCGGUUACCCCAUGGGCCCAUUUGAGCUUCUAGAUUAUGUCGGACUGGAUACUACAAAGUUCAUCGUGGAUGGGUGGCAUGAAAUGGAUGCAGAGAACCCAUUACAUCAGCCCAGCCCAUCCUUGAAUAAGCUGGUAGCAGAGAACAAGUUUGGCAAGAAGACUGGAGAAGGAUUUUACAAAUAUAAGUGACGUGCAGCUUCUCUGGCUCUGAGAAGAACCCCUGAGAGCACUUUCCAGUCAGUGCCCCGAGUGCCUGUGGGAAUGCUCUUUGGUCAGACAUUCCCUCACACAGCACAGUCUAAUAAAUGUGCAUUUUGAUUGUAAUCUAUUGAAGUGAUUAUUACACCAGUUACAGCAGUAAUAGAUUCUCCAUUAAGAACUAAUUCCCUUUUUUAGUCUGUUCAUUUCUGUGUAUUUUCUAAACAGCUUUACGCCCUUGGUGCCUUGGAGCAAACAUGUUUUUUGAACCUUGUCAUUUUUGUGAAGAAUUGCCUGGAUUCGUUCUCUCAUCAAGGGGAAAGUACUUCCUCCGAGAGUGCGAGUGCACCAUGCUCACUGUUGCUGCGUGGGAGAGUCACAAGCCACCGGCAAGCACGUGGUAUAGUCUGUGAAGCACUGCAGCGAGCAGCACCUGGAUCUUGCCUUUAUAAGAACAUUUUACUACCUGCAGCUUUGAGUCUUGCCCUACGUUUGGGGCACGACAUAAGGUGUCUUUAUUCAGCUCAUCGUGAAGAUGCUGCUGCUGGAUGGGUCGGCAUAUCUCUGUGUGCAUGGUUUGCAGGAGGUCAGUUUUCAUGGUCAUUCAGUUCCACAGAUCUGAAUGAUUACUGUCUGUCUGUGUCUUUUUUUCCAUGAGAAAUCACUGUUGCAAAUUGCCUGUAAAUUGACUCUACUAAAAUAACAAUGUUUCAGUCUGAAAAUUUGAAUUGAAAAAAAAAAUGUAUAAUAUAAAAUUGUAAUACACUCAAAUGAUUAUGAAAGUAAAAAGUUGGUAAUUUAGGCAGAA